AUGGAUCAUUUUAAUGUUGCUGCUUCAAGAAACUACAAGAAGGCAAUCUUGGAACAAGCACUCCUCUUGAGAAGUGGUUCUCCUGAUGGUGUCAUUCCUAAAAAUCCAUUCAAAUCCUUAGAAUUGUUUAAACAAGUAAGAUUCAAUUCGAUAGCUCACAAAAACUUGAUAGAAAUGUUUAGAAAUGGAGAAGGACUAGCAAAGGCAAGUUAUAUCAGGGUGGUGUUUCAAAUAUUCAGGUAUCUCAUGGUUAGAAUUGCAAAGAGAACAGUAGGUGGCUUUGCCUAUGUCUUUUUGGAAAUUACCUGGUACAUAUUGGCUUUUUCAAUGGCCUCACUAGUUUUAGGACUUGUCUUGGAAUGGUAUUUGAACAGGUAG